AUGAAUGUGCACGGUCUUUGCCAUCUGUGUGCGUUCGUUGGUUACGGUGUCGCAAAGCCUAGGUCAUAUCGCAAUCAUGAAUCCGUUAGCGCAGCGAAUGGGAUUGGAUUCCACUUGCCUAGGCCACCGUCAGGGUUCAACUUAGGGAGUGACCUUCCGCAAGAUGUACGGCAGUUUGGAGUUAAAAAAGGACCGCCACUGUUCCAAAUGCCAGAUUGCGGUCCUGAAGGUGUAGUGAGCUACGCGGGUAUAUACAAGACUCUUGAUAAUCUGCCGAGGCGAACACUGGAGUAUGCAGACAUCGAUGAAUUGACUCGCACAGGGGUCCUUCCGGAGAUUGGACGUAUGCUUAGGGAAACAGAUGUAGAGAGUUUAUCUAGACUACAACUUGCGCUGUUCGAUGAGCUUGCUUACGGCAGUAAUGCAUUGUUCCAUUCUGAGACAUCCACGGGCAAAACGUUCUCGAUGUUGUUGUACGCCACUUUGCGAUAUUAUUACGGUGUAUCACCUUCGUGGUUAUGCUCACAAAAGGUGCAAGAGCUUUUUGACCGCUCUAGAGCGUCUCCCGCUGGCGCUGUAGGAGUUUUUGCGCCUCCUUCAUCACCGACACUAAAUCGGGUGAUGGUCUUGUGUCCGACCAAGGAGUUGGCUUUGCAAUGUGCAAAACAACUGAUACAGUUCGCUGGCGGUGACACCAAUUGUGUACGUCUUAUAAUCGAUGACCAGGCACUGUUACCUGAGGAUAUAGGUCCACAACAUGUAUUUGUUGUAGGUGCGGCGAACCAGCUGAACCUAUACUUGUUGACUAAGAGUAAGCGUUAUAUCCGUGGUAUAAUGCAACAUGUGGGCAUGGUAAUAUUGGAUGAGGUAGACCGUCUGGUUAAGGUAGCAAACCAGUACGCCACAACACGUCGUAAAAUGAUGUACCGUAAAAAUCCUACGGCAGCAUUUCAGAUAUGCCAGGCCUUACUUUCAUUAUCUCCUAAUAGGUUACAACUUGUGGGUGCUUCAGCAUCCAUAUCACGUAACCAUAUAAGGUUCAUGGAUGCUACAAUACAAUCGUAUCGUAAAUCACGUUGCCCUCUAGCUGUCAUACGGAACAAUGACGACCGUACAGCAUCGAACCGUUACGUAUCAGUUCCGGAUGAGGUUGAGCAUUUUUUCGCUGCAUCUAAUACGGACAGCCUUGGUAACAAGGUUGGCAAGGUGGUAACUAUUUUGCGUACAAGACCAAGUGAUCGUGUAUUAUUUUUUGUGAGUUCUAAGCAUUCUCUACUUUCUUUUACACAUUACCUCGAACGCUGUGGGUUCCAGUGCAAGGUGCUACAUCAUGAGUUUGGGAUACGUGAUAACGUGUCUAAAAGGUUUAGUGGCGAGGUCGUAAAGGGUGUAUACGAUCGACGUGAAUCGACUGAGGUUAUGGAUAAGUACGACGGGGUGCGCAGUGAACUAGACAGUGAAACUGAUGGUUGCAUGUAUGCUGCUUCUAUGGAUUCAGCACGUGGUCUGCAUUUCUCAGCGCUUGAUACGGUAUACAUGAUAGGUAUCCCUCGCAACGUUGACGAGUAUGUUCACAUAUCAGGUCGAGUAGGCCGCUGUGGACGUAAGGGCCGCUGUAUUCUUGUGGACACCAUUGCCAAUGUGAGGAAAGCUUUGACGUGGCAGACCAGCAUCAAUUGUACAAUAUUACCUCUAUCCGAUACGGAUGCUAAGGCUCUCUCUGAGUUUAAGGGUUAUAUUCCCAAGGUCCAGGAAACAACUCGAAACCAACCUAGAGGGACCGCAAUAACAACACACUAA